AAAUGACGGCAAGUGAAGUCGGGGAAGCGCGAGAAAAGUGUAUAGGAGGAGAAAAGAGAGAGAGAAAGAGAAAAAAAUAAGAUAAUAAGGGCAUAACCACCGAGCAAGUAAAUGAUAAAGGGUGUGCCGAUGAUAAAGGACAGAAGGCAGAGAGGAACAGAAUGAAAGACGAGUUUACACGAAGAGAAGAGGAGGAAUCGAGAGAGUAUCGUGGCAUGGGCGGCCUCCAGGUCUCAAACACGUACCUUUAACACCCCGCCCAACGCCCCCUCCCACGCCCACCUCCAGAGGCUGACACGCCCACCGCCACGCCCACGUUGGAUCUGAGAGUGGAAGGAGACACUUGGAAUAAAGAAAUCACAGUAAUUUAGAAGAUGGAUGAUUUUAUGUAUGGGGACUAUGACUACGACCCAAAUGCAGAGGACGUCGAAUACCUGGAUUAUUAUGAUGAUGAAAUAUAUGAGAUCCCGGAAGAUGAGCCGUGGGAGGAUGACGACGACCUGGAGUCUCAGUUCACAAUCUCCGAGCUGUAUGAGUACUGCGUGGUGCCAACAGUCACAGACUCUGCACGGCACCUUUAUAAUAUACUGAUGUGGUCGUUGAUAUUCUCAAUCAGUACGAGAUUUGUGCGAGUUCCUGCAUGUCUUGUGCACCUGAUGUCUGCUGCAUGUGGCUGUGUGGUGGCCUGGCAGCUGUUUGGCCAACGCACUGUCUACAUGGCCACUCUGACAGCUGUCGGAGGGCUGUCCCUUCUCACCUCGAAUGCACUAGUGAAAGCCCGCCGUGGACCUUGGACUUGUGUGGCAUGUGUGGUUGUCAUGACCGUGUGCGAGUUAUGGUGGGCAGAUCCAGUUGACUGGCAUAGCAUACGAGGUGCUCAGAUGAUCAUCCUAAUGAAGGUGGUAUCAGUAGGGUAUGAUCUUGAUGCUCACACUCUCACUGCCUGCCCAGGUCUUGCCGAGCUCCUUGGGUACAUCCUAAAUCCGGGUUCAAUUAUCUUUGGUCCAUGGGUUUCCUUUAAGACCUAUAUGAAGGUUCUUGAGCCGGCAUCUUGGAAAACAUGGCCAAUAUUGAGGAUCCUACAGAGCUUGGCAGCCAGUCUUUUAUUUUUGAUAAAAUCCACAUGUAUUAUAUCAUGGAUUUUAGCAGACCCAGGGAACAAAUGGAUGCUGGCUUACAGAGAUGCCCUCGCAUUUCGAACAAGCCAUUAUUUCGUUUCUUACAUGAGUGAGGUUUCUGCAUUAUUAGCUGGCCUAGAAAUAGCUGGAGUUGCUAAUCCAGGAUCAAUUGAGGUUCCACGUUCUCUUGGGGAGGUUGUGGUAUUCUGGAAUAUGCCCAUGCAUCACUGGCUAAAAACAUAUGUCUUUAAACCAGUCCGAGGGCAGCUGGGAGUGUUUUGGGCACUUUUAUUCACCUACAGCAUGUCGGCACUUUUCCAUGGUCUUAACUUUCAACUGGCAGCUGUACUUUUAUCCUUGGGCUUCUAUACUUAUGUUGAGCAUUCACUCAGAUAUAAGCUAUCAAGCGCCUUUGAUGCCUGCAUAUUAGCUAGACCCUGCCCAGAGAGUUGUGAACAUACACAAAAAGGAUGGUCAGUCUUCACAAUCUGUACUAAUCUGGCAUUUGGACUAUUGGCAAUGUUUCACCUGGCAUACCUUGGCAUCAUGUUUGACUCUUCGCCCCAACAACAAGAAUCAGGAUACAGCAUGAAGCAUACUCUAACUAAAUGGUCUAUUUUAGAUUAUGCUAGUCAUUGGGUUGUCUUAGUCUGUUAUAUUGUUAAUGCUGUCAUUUAAGAUUUGUUUUUAUUGAUAAGCCAUUUAUAAAUUUAGAUUUCUAGGGCAUUACGAUUGUAUAAUAAUUUUUAUAUUAAAAUGUAGCUGGUGUGAAUUUAGUUUUUUUAGGGAAGAAUAGAAACUUAGACAUUUUUUCUUACAAUAUGGAAGUCCAAAGUGUUGGUUUAAUAUGUACAUAUGUACCAUAAAAUAGUAUUUAGAGAGGAGGGGUUUGGGCACUGCUCUGGAUAGCAAUAUUUUAAGUUAAACUGCAAAUGUUUGCAACUUGUUAUUUGCAACAGUUUUACACCAAAUUGAAGUUAGAAUAUAUCUGAUAAUAUAUCUUUGUGUAUAGUUUUGUAUUUUGAUUGAACUGUGAAUAGAAAUAAUACCUUGUCUUGGACUUGAAAUAUUCCAUUGAUUGUUUGUCCCAGUGCUAUAUCCGUGGACAAGCUGACUGAUUGCUCAUCUUUCAAGAAGACGGUCGUAAAGUUAUCCUUUGUUUGGCUGCUAUUGUGUUUGAAUUGGCAUUGUGCACUUGAAUUAAUGCAAAAAUUCUAAUUAUGCUUAUGCAGUAUCCAAGCUGUUGAUUUUGUCUGAAAGAGGUGCCCAUGUUCAAUUCAAACCGUGUUUUUAAUACAUUUCAUAGUUUAGACUGACUAUUUGUUAUGUUAAUUCAUUCUUUUGAGCCAUUUUGUAUUACAUUUGUUUUAGUAGACUUGAUAUUAUUUUAGAUCAUAACUAAUCUAUCUAGCAUUCAACAGUGAUCUAAUCACAGUCUGAUUGCAAACUUAAAAUCAUUUUGUGCAAUUGCAUAAGUUUUUGGGUAGUGAUUGCAUAAUAAGUUUGUGGGUAGCUCUUCCCAUUGUUAUAGUUGUUCACAACUCAAGUUUCUACAUGACUCUGGGAAAAAGAGUUUAAGUGAACCUGGAUGAUGAAAAUAUUUGUAAACAUGAUGUUUUAUUUUUCUGCCUGUCUCCGUCUAAUUUGUUUUAAGUUUGUUUUUGAUUUGGUAAUGUUGGUUAUUGUGCUAAAUUCCUAUUGUUUAUAUAAUCACUUUCUGUUGAAUGUUUGAAUUAAAUAUUGUCUUAUAGUUUACGUGCAUAGAAGUUGUCAAUUAAAACAAAAUUAUAUGAAAACAAAGUAUGAGGACACAAGAUUGUAAUAAUGCAAGCAUAUGGGUCACAGCUGUUGGGUUUUCUUUACUGUAUGUUCAUGUUGUUGAACGUAAGGUGAGCUAAUCACAACAUGGUGAUAUCCUGCAGCUUUUGGACUGAUUGUUCCUUCUAGGAGCCUCCAACUUUCAAUAAUUGUAAUUCAUUGCUCGCAGUCAGUGGCAUCAGCAAUUUGAAAAUGAUUAAGCUUGGCAUCUAAAAUCUGCUGAUAAGAAAUGAAACUGAAUAUUUGGCUAUGAAAUAAUGUUUUAUAUUAAUCACUUUUUUAUGUAGUAAUAUAUUUAAGAUGACUGUAACAAGCACCAUGAGUUCACUUACAGUUGCUUCCAUGUUUGUAAAGAAAUGGAGUGGUGGAGCUGAAUCAGAUGAUUAUUCUUUUUGCUCUUGGACCAGCAGGUUGGUAAAAAUGUGCAAUUAUUCACUGAGUCGCCAGUGCAUUCACCCCAAAAUGAGACAAUCUCCCUCCAUCCCCUACUGUGCACCCCAUGGAUGUAGUUUUCAUACACUUCCAGACUAAGCUAAUUAUAAUGCAGCAAGAGUUUCACAGCAUGCUGUUUGAAUACAUGAUCUUUUACAAAAAUCUCACAAUAAAUAUAAAGACGUCAAGUGACGCAUAGCUUCAACUACAGCUCUUGUAUGUUGCCACUGCCUGUGUGCUAGGAAUAGUUGGGGUUCUAAUCACUUGCUGAACCAGAGAUGCAUGAAACCCAAACCACAUGAUCAAUCCUUGGGUGCAUUAGGCCACUGAGUCCUUGAGCAUGUAGCAGCACGACCCCGCAACCUGAAGUUCAGCAUAGUUUCUCAGGUUGAGUCAUAUUAGGUCCACAGCCAUGUCCACGCUCAUUAGACAGUGGGGUCCCCUUGUUCCCUGCAUGCUUACGCAGUGCUCGUGUAUUUAAGCCACAGAAUCCGGAACUGAGAUCAGCAUUCCCUGAUCCACCAGUAUAGUAGAUGAUGGUUGGGCAUCUACUAAUUUGGACUGGUGUCUUAUCUCUUUGGGGAGUGUUUGUUGUGGGUGUGAGUGCCCACAGGUAUGGCAGAAGAUGAAGUGAGAGAUCAACGGGGGAGCCAGCAGGCCCCCCAAUCGGCUAAGGACUGGGCAGUCCUCAUGUUGCUGCUGCUGCUGUCGUGUUCUGCAGGAUGAUCGGGGAAUGCUAAUCUUGGUUCUGGAUUCUGUGGCUUAAGUACACGAGUGCUGUGUAAGCGUGCAGGAAACGAGAGGAACCCACUGUCCAAUGAGUGCGGACAUGGCUGUGGACCUGAUGUGACCCAACCUGAGAAACUAUGCUGAACUUCAGAUUGAGGGGUCGUGCUGGGAGUACACCAGUCCAAAAUAGGAGAUGCCCGACCAUCAUCUACUAUACUAGCGACCCACGGCGUGAUACGGUAUGAUAUUUCGCUCGCUCACUUCACUCAAUCUCUGGAGGGGGAGUACCUGUAGCAGCACGACCCUGCAACCUGCAGUUCAGCAUAUUUUCUCAGGUUGGGGCACAUUAGGUCCACCAUACCUGUGGGCACUCAAACCCACAACAAACACUCCCCAAAGAGAUAAGACACCAGUCCAAAAUAGUAGAUGCCUAACCAUCAUCUACUAUAGGCACAUAAAGGGUUUAAAUUCAACACAGGCUGUAUCAGGCUAUAUUCAGGCUGUUUGAAUACAUUUGUUAUGAGAGUCUGGGAAAUCUGGUUGUGUCAUCCUUUAGGGCAGGGUUCUAAACCUGGGGUCAAUGGAUGGGUUUCAGGGAUCCGAGAGGAUCAUAUAAAAUUAACUUUUAUACUAGUGUUUUUUUGUUUUGUUUUUUAAUAUUGUUUAUUGUAAAGUUUAAUAGUACUUUGUGUAUUUCAUAUAUGUAUGAGACAAUCAAAUCUUAAUAAAUAAUGUACAUUAUACACAAAGUUGUGUUAAUGUGCAUAUUUCUAGAGUGGGGGGUCCAUAGCUUUCAUCAGAUUCAUAAAGGGGUCUAUGACUCUAAAAAGAUUGAGAACCACUGCUUAAUGAUUAAUGGUGAGGAGAGAAAUAUCAUUACUUCCAGGAAGUAGCUAAAGUAAACUUUUUGGAGUGCUAAGUGGAGGAAAUAUAUUUUGUGUUAAACAGGGGGACCAGGUAUUGUUUGAAAUGCAUGCCAGCAUUUCUGAGGAAACUGAUAUAUAUUUUUUUCUUUUUUGAAUAUUUGUAUAUUUAUAAGUACAUUGCAUUUUUACCAUGAAUCAUAAAAUAUGUGAUACUUUUUUUUCCUUUCAUUGAUACAAUUAUCAGGAUUAUGGCACCAUGACAUCUCAUGUAAAGAUGUACAUAGAGAUUCAGUGUUAGUAGAUAUUUGUGCUUUAUAUAUUUUUAUAUCAAACAUAAAAAAAGGAUUAUGCCUUCCAAAACCAAGAAUCUUUUAUUAACCAUAAUAUAUGAAAUAAUGAAAAAAUUAUUUACUGCCAGACUCAAGGACAACAAGUGACCUGAGUCUUGGAGUCAUUAAGGUGUGGCUUUGAGUGUUAUCCAUUGUCCUAUGCCACAGGAUAAGAGCUUGAACAGUUCCCAUCCAUCUCCAUCAUCACUUACCAGGGAGAUAUGAUGGGAGAAAGAUUGGCUGAAAUAAAGUCUCAUAAUGGC